ACUGCUGAUCGUUGCAGACCGCUCAGACAACCCGCGUAUAACCGCACUUAUCUUACGAAAUGCCUUCAUAUGCCAUAGUAAAGUUCGAGAAUUUCAAAGGUAGAGCGUCCAAAUAUGUAUUCGUGCCGGAAUCCUGGGUGAAAUACCGCCGUCCCAUUGACAAUGUGUGUGUGAUUUAUUUGCCCGCCGACGAAGCGUCGAUAGAAGAACGCGCUAAGAACUUGGAGACACCGGCAGCCGAUUGGAAGCAGCACCUGUGUCAAGUAAAACACUUUGCAGAUAAUUACUGCGAUGCCAUGAUUGCCACCAUGCAGUACGACGCUGAGGAUCCAGUCGUCGGUACAAGCACUGAAGGUAACACUCGAAAGGAUAGGUAGAGGUGCAACCAGGGCGUUCACAUUUCGCAAUGUGUAUUCCGUCCCGUAGUGUAAUACACCGUGAUUUUAUAGUCUUUUGGAACCAAAAUGUUGUUACUUA